AUGCGUGGAGACUCGCUGAACCAUGACUUCUGCGAGGUCUGCCAGAGUGGUGGCCGGUUGCUCCUCUGUGAGCACUGCCCCCGGGCAUUUCAUGUGCAGUGCAUCGAGAGGAUCGUGGAUUUCGAGUCCCUGAAGGUCGAGGAGAAGUGGUCGUGCCCAGUUUGUAAGCAUGGUCCCGCUAUCCUCAGAGGGCGGGUCACGGAGAUCAUGCCCGAAGAAGAGAUGCAAGUCUCGGGCCUCAGGGACUGGCGCGAGCUACAGUUCAAGGACCUGCUGUCCUUCGUGGAGACUUACUUCACCGGCGAGGAGUUCGCCACCCAGCCGCGCUUCGUGGUGGACGCCAACUGCCAGGAUGCCGCGCUGCUCAUCAAAGUCUUCGAGAUGAUCAAGGAGCUGCCGCGGGGGAAAUCCUUGAAGGAGUUCCCCCUCACCAUGGUGGCCAUUAACUCAGAUGAGGAGCGUCUCAUUUCCCCCAAGAUCCAGAUGUGCUCCAAGGGUGUGCCACACAAGGUAAUGACUGGGGACGUGAACAAUCCUGCGGGAAUGCUCUCGGGACUGACGAAGCAUCGGAAGAUCGACGCCGGCAAGACACUCUUCUUGCAGGUGUGCCGCCGGGAGUUGGAGGAAGCAGCGCCUUUGUCGCCUCCCACGCGGAGCUUCGCCCACGGAGUGCUGGGCGGUGCCGAGGCGGAGCAGCUCUUCGCCUCGCUGGUGCAGCAGAUGCAGCGCAGCGGGCAGCUGGCGGAAGGGUCUUUGGGCAUCUGUCUGGUGGACAUCGCCCCGCCGCCGGUGGCGGCGCUGGCUAUGGCGGCGGCCAUGGCGGGGCUCUUCCCGGAGGUGAAGCGCGCCCAGCCGUUUCCGCUGGAGGAGUGCGGGCAGCAGAUGUUUACGCAGUUGCUCACCUUCAAGGGCUACAAGGUGCGCUUUGCCGUGCCAGAGGACCUGCCCGCACUGGAGCGGCUGGAGGAGAUCGCCUGGAAGCCGCACAUGCGCGCGCCAAGAGAAGGCCUCCUGAAGAGACUGGAAACAUCGCCCACGACCAAUUUCGCGGUGGAAGUGAACGGCAAAGUGGAAGCCGUUCUUUAUACGCAGCGCAUUAGCACGCCACAGGAUGUCUUCAAGCAGAAGUUCCAGCAGGUCUUCGCGGGCCACGUGCCGAGCGGCAAAGUGGUGCAGCUCAUCGCCAUCAACGCCCACACCGAGCACAGGGGUCUGGGAACCGAGCUUCGGAGUUUUGCGCUGCACCUGGCGCGGCUGGACCCACUGGUGGAUUCGGUGUGCGCCGUGACCCUGUGUCUGGAUUAUGCCACCAGCGGAGUCAGGAACUUGCAGCAGUACGUAGACCAGCACGUCCAUGGCAGGGUGAAUGACCGGAUCUUAACGUUUCAUACCAGCUACGGCGCCAAGGUGUUGGGCUUGGUCCCGGGCUAUCGGCCCGAGGACAAAGACAACGAGGGCACGGGUGUGCUGAUCCAGUACAAGCCCAAAGAGUGGCCUUACGAGCCCACCCUGAGCAUCAACCGCCUGCCGGAGCGCAGCCGGCGGAAGAAGAUCAAGGAGCCCCAGGUACCCGCGCUGGACGUGCUCUCCGGCAUCAUGACCGAGAUGGGCUACGAGAUCGACAUGGACAACCUGGACCAGGGCUUCUUCGCCAGUGGCUUGGACUCCUUCGACAUGGGCGUCAUCCAAAACAGGCUAGGCCGCUCCCUGGGCAAGACUCUGCCGGCCACGCUGAUGUUGGAUUUGCCUACCGUGAAGGAGCUCACGGAGCAGCUGGACCGGGAGCGGGGCAUCGGUGGCCCGGGCUCCGAAGGCAGCGACUCCGCCAGCGAGACGGCGAGCAACGCCUCGGAGCGGCGCGAGGCCGCGCGCGCGGAGAAGCCGAAGCAGGAGCGGCGCUCGGAGCGCGCCAGCGACGAGACCAUCACAGAGUGGGUGCGAUGUUGGCGGCAGUUCCUCUAUGAGAAAACGAAGGAUCAGCGCGCCCGCAGCGCCACGCCGAAGCGGCGGUCGCGGAGCCCGGGCUCUGCGGGGAAGCGCGAACGCACGGACACGCCCUGGGACAAGCUGAGCACGGAGGAACUCGAGAGGAUUCAGAUGAAGCUCAUGUGGCUUCUGCGCCUGCCACAGAACCAGCGACGCCUGCAGUUUGUGGUGGACAAGGGUCACGAUUCGGAGCAGAGCUUUUUGUGCGACUUGCGCCCUGCCCUGGACUCCAUCAUGGCGUCUCAGCUUCUGGCCAUGGAAAUGGUGCAGGACACCAAGCCACGAACACUGCAAGAGGCGCGUGAAGACAUGGAGAGCUGUGCCCUGCGUCUGGGCGGAGAGGCCAUGCAGCGGCACCGGGAGCUGCUGGGCCUCAUGAGGAUGGACAAGCUCGGGCCGGGCCAGGCGCGAAUGGGGGAAGCGCUGCGACUCAGCAAGAGGAGCCGGGGCUUUGGCAUCCGGCAACGCGACGCUUUUCUGCUUUCUCAGCUGCAGCACGUGGAGCCCUUUGCCUCCAGGCCAGCGGUGUCACGGAUCUGCAAGUUGCGAGAGGCAAAGAGGCCAUUGGAGGUGGGCGCGAUUGUGCAGGUGGAUGCUGAAGAAAGCUUCGAUGCAAUCGUUCUGUCCCAGAGCUCCUCUUCAGCCUACCUCAUUGCGGAUCUGGAGACAAAGACCCAGGAAGUGGUAGAGGAGAAGUGGCUCCGCGCGUACCGACCCGCCCAGCGCGGAGGAGACGUGCCGGACUUCCUGGGCUUCGCACGGAAGCCGGUGGUCUCUGAGAGCACCAAGCUGCAGGAGUACCAGAAGACCGGUGUCAACUGGCUGAUCCACAGCUUCUUCAAUCGCUGUGGCGGUAUCCUUGCAGAUGACAUGGGUCUCGGGAAGACGCUGCAGACGCUCACCUUCCUCAGCUACCUGCAGGGCGCCGGCGUGGUGAGAGGCCCCGCCCUGGUGGUAGUGCCACUCAGCUGCGCCGGCAACUGGCAGCGAGAGGCGAAGCGCUUUGUGCCACACCUCUCCGUGGCGAAGGUCUGCGGCAGCAUCAAAGAGCGGCAGCAUAGCUUGGACGACAAUGAAAUCUGGUAUGGCAUGAAGGACGUGAUCAUCACCACCUACGAGACCUUGUGCGGCACGGAGGACUUCUUCCAGCGGCACCACUGGUCGGUCCUGGUGCUGGACGAGGCGCACCGCAUCAAGAACCAGGGCAGCAAGGUGCGCGAGUCUCUGGACAUGGUGCCCUGCUCGGCGCGGUUUCUCCUCACCGGAACUCCCUUGCAGAACAACCUCGGAGAGCUCUUCGCCUUGUUAAAGUUCCUCUGGCCCGAUGUCAUGUCCAAAGAGUCUGAGAUGUUCGAGAACGCCAUCCAGCUUCCCGAGCUUCAGGACAAGGCAGUGGACGGAACUAAAGCAAAGAUCGACCAUCUCUUGGUGCAGAAAAUUCGCCAUGUUUUGGGCAUGGUGAUGCUCCGCCGAAAGAAAGAGGAUGUGAUCAACUUGCCGCCCAAGUCCUUCCACAACGUUUGGCUGCCGAUGACGCCCACGCAGGUCAGCUGGUACCGCAGAAUCUUGCGCCUGCGCCAUUUGAGCAUGUCGCGAGAUAUGCGAGCGCUGAAGAAGCUGCUGGUGCGACUGCGCAGCAUCUCGUGUCACCCUCGCGGCGCUGUGGCUACGAAGGAAGAUCGAGACUUCCUCCUUUCCAUGGGCCUUGUCACGCAGCAGGAGGUGGACCAGCUCUGCAACGCGGAGAUGUCCGAGGAGGUGAUCUCUCAAAGUUCGAAGCUCACCUUCUUGGACAAGCUCCUGGGGCAGCUGCAUGCUCAGAACAUGGGCAUCUCGGAUUCGUGGCGCAAGGCCUACGAGGACCGCCUUGCGAAGGCAGGUGAUAAGGGCAAGAGGCGGAGUGCAGCGGCGUGGCUGCAGAGUACUUCAGGCACACUCUUCCUGGAUGAUAUGCAGCCGUACAAGAGUGGCAAGCAGAACAGCGACGGCGAGGCGGAGCUGACGCCGCAGCCGCACAAGGUGCUGAUCUUCUGCCAAUACGUGCACACGCUUGACUUUCUCGAGGCCUACUGCGCCUUCCGCCAGUGGCGCUGUUUGCGCUUGGAUGGGUCCACUGCACGGGUGCUGCGCGAGCUGGACAUGCGGGACUUCAACAGUCACGAUGAGGAUCUCUUCGUCUAUCUCAUUGGCACUCGUGCUGGAGGGUUGGGGGUGAACCUCGCCUCAGCAAAUCACGUGGUGAUCUACGAGCAGGACUGGAACCCGCACGUGGACCACCAGGCCAUCGACCGGGCGCAUCGAAUUGGCCAGAGCCGGCAGGUGCACGUGUAUCGGCCGGUGCAGGAGUGGGGCAUCGAAGAGCGCCUCGUGUUCCGGGCCCUUUCGAAGCUUCAGAUGGAGCAAUGCCUCAUCGACAGCAAGGAGGACGAAGAAGAACUCCUGGCAGAAUCGGAAGACACCCUCAGCGCAGAGGAGAUCCUGAACCUGCUGAAGCAUGGCGAGAGCGCCUUCAAGGCCUUUGUGGGUCAGUCCCUCAAUCACUUCAGUGUGGAGGAUUUUCUGGAGCGCGAACGACGGCCUGCACCGGCGCAGGAGGGGACGGAGCCUGAGCCGCCUUUGGAGGUGCCUCGACCGCUGGCACCUGCGCCGAGCAGAGAGCUACGGAGCAGCAAGCGCCACUGGCGAGGAGCUCGUCGGGCCGGAACAUCAAGGCCCCCAAGUCCUUUGCGGAGGAGUUCUCGCAGCCGUUGGGCGGGGUGA